CUUUCUUGCUAACCAUUUCCUUAUUGAGUCAUUCCCUAGACUCUUCUCCGCCUGCCCCAUUUUUUCCUCUGACUUUCCUGCAUCUUCUCUCUCAAUUGGCCUCUUCAAUUAGUUCGUGCAAUCAAUGGCUGAAGUUGAAGCCUCCAAUACCCCGUCCCUAGCUGAGCAAUAUUUACUGAAGGAGAAUGAGGUAAAAUCAGAAAUUCCUGCAAAAUCUGUGGAAGAAACUGGGGAUAAAUCCUCGGUAAAUGCUGUUGCCAAGGAAGUUGUUGAACAACCUGAGGAAACCCCCGUCUCUGUUGAUAGUGACGUUUCCCCUGCUGUGGCUGAGGAGAGUGGCAAAGACUCUGAUAGUGCUUCUGGAGAAAGCAAGGAAAACAUUCCUGUCGAUGAAUCCACUGGUGAGGUCAGUCCAGCUGCCAGUGAAGAAAGCACUGACAGUGCUGAACCUGAGGAUGCAGGUGAGCAAGAAGCUGAAGAGACUCCAGAGAUCAAGCUUGAGACGGCACCAGCUGACUUUCGUUUCCCUACGACAAAUCAAACCAGGCACUGCUUCACCCGAUAUAUUGAAUACCACAGAUGUGUGGCUGCAAAGGGGGAAGACGCUCCCGAGUGUAACAAGUUUGCCAAAUAUUACCGUUCCCUUUGUCCGGGCGAAUGGAUCGAAAGAUGGAAUGAGCAGAGGGAAAAUGGAACCUUUCCAGGUCCUCUGUAGAUGGUGCACGCCGUUGAAGUUCCAGCAAACGCGACGUGCAUAGUCUUCUUCUCGAGCAAUUUGAGGGAAUAAAAGUUUUUUUUGGUGUCGUUCAGAGGCCCCUUUGAUUAAAUUGUUAUGAACGAGUUUUAUAUUAUAUGGUCAUUUAAUUUUCUAAGAUUGCAACAAUAAUCAUAAAUAAAUGUGUUACUACUCUCUAUUUAAUCUGUUGUUUCUUUUUGUGGGAAAAAUGAAAAUUAGAAGACUCACUAUUGUCAUCAUUGUAGAAUCAAAAUUAUCGAAUUCUGUGGCUUUUGUUUA